AUGAGGAUACACAACACACAGCAGCAGCUGAAUGACAUGGUCAUGAAGUUGACUAUUCCCGCAUGGGGAGGCUCCCUUACGUCACUACAACCAGGAUCAUCUGUUAUUGGUGCUAUAGAAGGGGCUACAGCUCAAGCAGAGUUCACAUUUGACUUCCUGAUAUUGUUGCUAAUUGCUGGGUUUGUUGCAGCUCUUGGUCUCAUGGAAAACAGUAUUAUGAUACUCAUUGCAAGUAUGCUUAUAUCACCUCUCAUGGGACCUGUGUUAUCCUGUGCUGUUGGAGCAAUGACAAGAGACAUACAACUGGUGAAAAUGGGUAUAUUAAAUGAAAUUUUUGGUCUCAUGUUUUGUAUAAUAGAAGGAUUCUUUUGUGGUCUUAUUAUUGGUCUAUCAACGGAACACUUUGGUACAGGUGAAUGGCCCACAGAAGAAAUGAUUUCUAGAGGAGAAUUACCUUCGGUCUGGAUGGGAAUGAUAAUUGCUGUCCUAUCUGGCAUUGCAGUAGCCAUUUCAGAAUUAGGACAGAAGACAUCCUCACUUGUUGGUGUUGCCAUAUCUGCGUCUCUUCUACCACCUGCAGUGAAUACAAUAUUCAUCCUAAAUUAG